AGAGUUUGUGGUUGGAGAUGGUAUCAUGCACCUCUCUCGCCGCGGUUCGCCUACUCGCUCCUUCUCGUUCUCCUCCGAUCCAGUGAUCCACUGCUAACCCUAAUCCAUCUGAAGUUUUUGGAGUUUUGGUCGAUUGAAAGACAGAAGUUUGAUUGAUCUGCGCUUAAGGCAUGUAAGCUGUGAAUUCUGCGGUUGCUCAAACCAACCUCCUAGAACUUAGGAAUCGGAGCAGUGUCUCUAAACAUUUGUGCUGGGAUGUUACAUAGAUGUUAUUCCUUCAUUAACUUCUACGCGAGAUUAGAUUAUUUAUACUAAUAUUCAAUUCAAAACUUGAACCUCCUCUCUUUCACCCUCUUCAAUUUUCUUUAUAUAUCUGGAGCCUGCUGUGCUACCACUCUCCACCUCAAAUUCAUCUUGAAAAGAUCACGAAUCAGGAUUUAAAGUUUCAAUUACCAAGUGUGCAAUGAAAUCUUAUAAACUUUCUGAUCUUACUCACAACGAGGUUAAAUCUCUCAAAGCUCGUCCGCGUAUUGAUUUUUCAUCGAUUUUCAGCGUAGUUGAUCCAAUUGUGGAUGAUGUACGCUGCAGAGGAGAUGCUUCAGUAAUAGAUUAUACUGCAAGAUUUGACAAAGUUGUACUCAAUAAAGUUGUUGAGCUUGUUUCUGAUCUUCCAGAUCCCGAGCUUGAUCCUACAGUAAGAGAAGCGUUUGAUGUGGCCUAUGACAAUAUUAAUGCAUUUCAUGCUGCUCAAAGGAUUCCUGAGAAGGAGAUUGAGAAUAUGAAAGGGGUGAGGUGCAAAAGAAUAGCACGGUGCAUUGCAUCUGUUGGCCUUUAUGUUCCAGGGGGUACUGCAGUCUUACCCUCAACUGCUUUGAUGCUCUCGGUGCCUGCACAGAUUGCCGGGUGCAAAACCAUUGUUCUAGCAACUCCGCCUGGUCGUGAUGGAAGCAUUUGCAAGGAAGUGUUAUAUUGUGCAAAGAAAUCUGGCGUCACCCACAUUCUAAAAGCUGGGGGAGCUCAGGCGAUCUCAGCGAUGGCUUGGGGAACAUCAUCUUGCCCAAAGGUUGAAAAAAUUUUUGGGCCAGGAAAUCAAUAUGUUACUGCUGCAAAAAUGAUUCUUCAGAAUAGUGAAGCCAUGGUUUCCAUUGAUAUGCCUGCCGGCCCUUCAGAGGUGCUGGUCAUUGCCGACAGACAUGCCAAUCCAGUUCACAUAGCUGCAGAUCUACUCUCUCAGGCAGAACAUGGUCCUGACAGUCAGGUAGUUCUUGUCAUUGCUGGAGAUGGUGUCAAUGUUGAUGCAAUUUUAGCUGAAGUGAGCAAACAAUGUGAUAGCCUUCCUAGGGGAGAAUUUGCUUCAAAAGCACUUAGUCAUAGCUUUGUUGUAUUUGCCAGAGACAUGGUUGAGGCAAUUUCCUUCUCAAACAUGUAUGCUCCUGAGCAUUUGAUCAUCAACGUCAAGGAUGCCGAAAGGUGGGAGGGCUUGAUUGAGAAUGCAGGUUCAGUCUUUUUAGGACAGUGGACACCCGAAAGUGUUGGCGACUAUGCAAGCGGAACCAACCAUGUCCUUCCAACUUAUGGGUAUGCAAGAAUGUACAGUGGUGUAUCAUUAAACUCAUUUCUCAAAUACAUAACUGUGCAAUCCUUAACUGAGGAAGGACUCAGAAAGCUUGGACCCUAUGUAGCCACUAUGGCUGAAGUUGAAGGACUAGAGGCUCACAAGAGGGCCGUCACCCUUAGGCUUCAGGACAUUGAAGCCCCUGUGCCUUCUUAGCUCAAACUGUUAGUUCCAACGUUUCUCAAACUGUUUAACUUUUUUUUUCCCCCCGUUUGAGUAAGUUAAUAUGAUAUUGUAA